AUGCCUAAGGGUGAGAAUGGGCUAGGCGGAUUUGCGAAAAUUUUGACGGAUGGGCCCAGCCCGCAUGUAUGCGUACAUAUGGGCUCAGGAAACAGGGCAACGGAUGGGCCCAAAAUGUGUGACCGGCUUGUAGGCAUGCUCGGGAACAUGGGCAAUGGAUGGGCCCAAAAUGUGCGACCGGGUGGGCUUGCAAUGCCCGAGGAUAGGCCCAGCGGAUUGCAUGUAAUCUUGAAAAUCACGAGGGAUGGGCCCACCGUGGAUUUCAUCUCAGAAAAGGCAAAUUGGCCCAGUGCAUAUGCAGAUGUGGUCUCGGAAACAGUGACGGAUGGGCCCAGUCCCCCAUGGGGAAGGCUAUGGAUGGGCCCAGAACAUACUUAUUUGCUCGCAAAACUGGUGGCUGAUGGGCUGAAUGUGCUUGGAAGGGACUCAGGAAGAGACCCUUCCACCCAUGAGUGUGGAAUUGGAAAGGGCGACAGAUGGGCCCAGCACUCGUCAUAUAUCGCCAAGAAUGGUGGAGCCCGUAGAUUUGGUCUCAGCGAAGGCGACGGGUGGACUCAACUUGUGUGUAUUCCCGAGAAUGGUGACGGAUGUGUGCAGCAUCGAUCUUUUGCACAAGACUACGAUCUCCGGCUAGAAGUCAACACAACCGACGAUGUCCUGAUUAUGCGAUUGAUGCAUCGGACACAAACCACAUGGGUGAGAAGUGGGUUAAGGCUUGUUGCGGUUGCAGACGGCGGUGCAAAUGCAAUGUACGGAUUGGCCCAGAGAAUCAGCCCAGUGCACAAGCACCCGGAGGAGCCCAACUGGUCAUUCUGGUACCAAUUCGGCCAGUAUGUGUGUAUCUUGAUUUGGGCAACUUCUGGAAGGCUCAAGCGACACGAUGUGCCACCCAUUGAUAUUGCAUUGCGGCAGGGAAAACGGAAGGGCCCAGCUAGUCGUUUUGAGCACAAUCGAUGA